UCCCUCAGUAGUCAGUAUAUGUGCUACUUGCACAUUACACACAUAAUAUAAUAAAUUAUCACUAUCUAAUAUAGGUUUUCGGUCUUAAAACUCACGAUCAGGCGUGGUUCUGAUUUAAAAAACACUUUUUAGUUAUAAUCGGUCCAGUGUGAAUUUAACUCAUCGGUGUUGUUUAAUGUUUAAAUGAUUUGAUACAUCUUACUUGGUUUUUAAACACUUAAUGAGCAAAGAUGACAACAAACAUGUCAUUCAUAAAGUCGUCUCCAAUUUCACACGUAUUGUUCACACUGGUGUUUUUUGUGUCUGGUUUUACUGUCAACUUGUUACAGUUAUUAUUUUUUAUAAUUUUGUGGCCAGUAAACCAAGAGCUAUUCAGAAAAAUUAACUACUAUUUUUCAUACAUUGUUUACUCAGAACUCGUUUUCAUAUCCGAUUGGUGGGCUGGUGUACCGUAUUACUUUUAUGUAGACAAAGAAGAUUAUAAGCACUUUGGUAAAGAACAUGCUAUAUUCAUUAUUAACCACAAAUACGAAAUUGACUGGUUAACUGCUUGGGUCGUUCACGAUCGAAUCGGCGGGAUUCUAGGGAACUGCAAAGCAUUCGCAAAAGACAGUCUCAAGUACAUGCCCGUGAUUGGUUGGGCUUGGUGGUUCGGCGAAUUUUUAUUCCUCCAGAGGGAUUUGGUAAAAGACAAGCACACAAUCGAAACUAAGCUCGGAAAAUUGUUCGAACAUGAAAACCCAGUCACGAUGUUGCUAUACGCAGAAGGCACCAGGUUCACAAAGGAUAAACAAGAGGCCAGCAUUAAGUUUGCUCGGUCUAAAGGACUGCCGGAGUUGAAGGAACACUUGCUCCCGAGAACUAAAGGUUUUAGCAUUGGAUUGCCUCAUUUUAGACACAAUCUGCCAGCCGUCUACAACGUUCAAAUCGCUUUUAAAGGAAAAGAAAAACCAUCGUUGAGAUCAUUGUUAAGUGGUCAACGGUUAGAAGCACAUGUGUACAUGGAAAGAAUACCUAUUGAACAGGUUCCAGAUGGUGACAAAGCGUGUGAAAAAUGGAUGUAUGACAUGUACGAGAAAAAAGAUAAAAUGAUGGUCAGCUUCUUCAACACAGGAGAUUGGUUCAAGGAAAGUGGUGUAAAGCCAGUGGAGAAAUUUGUUCCACCAUAUCGUUAUUAUUGCCUUCUAAACAUGAUUUUUUGGUCAAUCUUAAUUUUAAUACCGUUUUUCUACUUGGCAUUUAACAUUUUAACUUCGGGAAAUUUACUUCAUAUACUAUUGUUGGUGGUACCAAUUGGCUUACUUCAUGUAAUUUUAUCCAAAAUGUUGAACGUUUCUGAAAUAAGCAAGACAUCUUCACAAUACGGCACAGAGAAACAAAAAACGAAAUAAAUACAAACUAUUGAAGUAAAGAACAAAAUAAAUGUUUAAAGAAGUUUUGAAGUAAUAGUUUCAAGUUAAUAAUGUAUGUUUAAAUACAUGGCUAUAUUGCCAUUGGCCAUAAAGCUAUACUAUAUAUUUCAAUAAUUUCAAAUAUUGUUUCGGCGUUUACUAUUGUUUUUAACUAUUUUUUUUUAUUCCUAACAAUAAAAAUAAUAUAUUAUGUAAAUAACAUAUUACGUAUUUUUUCUUAUAAUGCACUUAAAAAAAAUAUAGUUAAAAAAAUUGAAUUUAUUCAUUUUAAAUACAAUGUACAAUGUUUACAUACUAUACAAUGAUUACAAUUCACAACAAUUUAAUAAAAAAUAUAUAUAAUUUUAGCUUAUAUUCAUAAUAAAACUUCUAAGUGAAAUCAUUUGGUUAAGUUUUAGGGUAAUUACUAAUUUAUUAUACAUAUAUAUAUAUUAAUUUUAA